UCAGCCCAGCCGAGCCGGCCCCGAAGGCUUGGGACGCUGAUCCUCAUCCAGUCCCUUGGAGAACCGACGGCGGGGCUCUGCAAGCGUGCGCCCUGGGCGCGCGCGUCGGAACGCCUUUCCCUCCAGGCAAAGCAGCCCACCGAGCGGGACGCCGCGCCCUUGGACCCUCCUGGUGGCUUUGGAAGAGGCAGCCUUCCUUUCUCCUGGCUGGAGAUGGCUUUGCCUCCUGGGCGGGUCUGCCUGAGCUGCGGAGCCGGGAUUUUGCUCAGUUUCCUGGUCACCCUUCCCUGGAGGAAGACGCUGGCCUUCACCAUUCCUGCAGAAAACCACGCCACAAAAGGUUCUGGUCCCUUCCCUCUGGUGUUUGAGACGCCAACAGUGGUCUAUGAAUAUGUGUCUGAUCUGCUGGACUGGUGGCACGCCAACAUCUACUGCCAGCAGCGUUUCGCUCAGUUGCCCUCGGAGAGCUGGGAGGACGAUCUCUCGUCUUUGGGCCAAAACUUCUCCCGCCGGCUCCAAAGCACCAUCUGGAUAAAUGAGGAGGAACUCUUUCAACGGAAGCCAAAGCAGAGGCGAGUCCACUCCCCCUCCAUCUUGAUAUUCAUGAACAAAACAGACACCAAGUUUGUGAAGGUUCUGGCUGACUUCCCGGCCAUGGCCGCAGUGAGCGCUUGUGCCCACGUCCAGUGGGACCCCACGGCCACAGACGUCUCGACUGUCUUUUCCUAUGCGGUCCCAGCCUUCACCAACGAAUUCCAGCUACGGGGCAUCGUCGACAAGGACCAAUUUGUCAAGUUUGCCAUCAUCCUUCAUGGUCAUCACUCCCCUUACCUGCCGGUCUUCCGCACCGACAAACGGUGGCACCACUUCUGCGUCACGUGGCAGCAGCCCAACGGCUCUUGGGUCAUCUACGCCGAUGGGACGCAGAAGGCCUCAGCCGCCGGACUUGCCCCUUCCCGAGCCCUUGAUGGCCACGGGACGUUCAUCAUUGGACAAGAUCAGGAUUCCCUGGGUGGUGCUUUCAAGGAGAAAGAAUCCUUCAGUGGGAAUCUCACUGACCUUCAAGUUUGGGGGAGGGUGCUCAGCCAAGAGCAGGUGGAGAAAGUCCGCUCCUGUGUGUCCAUCAAGGAAGAUCUCAUCUUUGACUGGAGGAGUGACCUCUUAGAAGUGGAAAUAAGUGUUCAAGAGGCCACGGUGCAGCUCACCUGCCCAGCCCCCGUGGAAGAAUGUCGUGUUUUCAAGGUCACCCAUGGAAGCCAACACAGUCCCUGCUCAGUGAAGUUACCUUUUGUCUGUCGCUACGGAAAAGAUCUUUACUUUCAGCUGAAGAAAACCCAGUCAGAACCUGUCCCACCGUUUAUUGCUCGUGUGAAUGCCCAGGCGAAUAUGACCGUGAUUCCCGAGAACGUCUUCCAGGCGGAUGUCCGAGCGGUGACUAUUUCGGCCGCAGCUAAUAGAUUGGGGGUUGUGGAGAAGAUCCUGUCCGAAGCCCAACCUCCUCCUCUGGAUGCCUCUUCUCUCCUGGGGGUCUUCCAGCUUUUGAAAGAGGUGUCCGAGGUAGAGGUGGUAGAACCAGGUCAACUGGCAACCCUGGAAGAGCUGGGCCAACAUUAUGUGGAGGUUACAGGGAGACUCCUGGAGCAGGACAAUACAGAUCAUUGGUCUGAGACCAAGCCGAUCAUUGGGGGACCCAUGAAGGUGGUGGAAAACGUGGACAAAAUGGCUUCCAGCCUCCAUCAGCUCCUGAGCCCCAACAGAGGGAAGGUUACCUUUCACAGUAAGAACAUCGGGAUUGAGGUGCGACGGGCAGAGCUGGGCCCAGAGAGAGCUGGCAGCGGGGGCUCCCUGAUGCCAACCCACCGUUGGGACCAGCUGGAUGCCAUCGAGAUCCCAGCAGAAGAAAUGGAGCGCCUGAGAGCGAGGGGCCUGCGUCAAAUCACCCUCACCAAUACGUGGUACAGCUAUGGGGCCCUCCAGCGCCUUCUCGCCAGCAGCAGUGCUGUGAUCAAAGACGCCGCUGUGUCAGACGGAGGACAGAGGCAUCUGAGCACGCAGGUGGCCUCUUCCAUUAUCUCCUCCAGCUUGGUCAGCAACUACAAGGAAAUCAGCACGUCUGUGCGCUACCGUCUGCGGCAUCGGGUUCAGGCUUUACCGGACCAGCUUGUGGAACCAGUUUGUGCUUUUUGGAACUUCAGCGGAAGUCCUGAAGGUGUUGGCGGCUGGUCCACCAGAGGUUGCUCAGUGUCUUCUUCUCAGAAAGAUCUAACCACCUGUGCCUGUAACCACACCACCAACUUUGCAGUCUUGCUACAGGUCUAUGAAGUCCAGAGGAGUUUAGAGGAGGAGUCCACCCUGAAGACCCUGACAUUUGUUGGCUGUGGUGUGUCCUUCUGUGCCUUGAUAGUCACCUUUGUGCUCUUCUUAGCCGUUGGGGUCCCCAAAAGCGAGCGAACCACGGUGCAUAAAAACCUGAUCUUCGCCCUGGCUGCUGCAGAGGCCUUGCUCAUGUUCAGUGAAUUGGCCAAGAUCAACCAGGGCGUCUGCUUUGCUGUCACGGCCUUUCUCCACCUUUUCUUCAUGGCGGCCUUCGCUUGGAUGCUGGUGGAAGGUCUUCUGCUCUGGAGCAAAGUGGUGGCCGUCAACAUGAGCGAAGAUCGGAGGAUGCGUUUCUACUAUGUGACCGGUUGGGGGCUUCCUGUGCUGAUUGUGGGUGUCACCUUGGCCACUUCGUUCAACAAAUACGUGGCGGACAAUCACUGUUGGCUGAAUGUGCAGACAGAGGUCAUCUGGGCAUUCGUGGGACCUGUCCUCUUUGUCCUAACGGUGAACACCUUUGUGCUGUUCCGGGUGGUGAUGGUGACAGUCUCCAGUGCACGGCGGCGGUCACGGAUGCUGACCCCCAACAGCAGCCUGGAGAAGCAGAUUGGGGUUCAAAUCUGGGCCACCACCAAGCCCAUUUUGGUGCUGCUGCCUGUCCUGGGCCUGACCUGGGUGUGCGGCAUCCUCGUUCACCUCAGCAUCACCUGGGCUUACAUCUUCAUCAUGCUAAACUCCCUCCAGGGCCUCUACAUAUUCCUGGUCUACGCACUCUAUAAUAGUGAGGUGCGCAAUGCCAUCCAGAGAAUGAGAGAGAAGAAAAAAGCCCUCUCCUUCACGAACUGCUCCCACCCUGUCAAUUAUCUGUCAAGCCCCAGGAACACCUCCUGGGAGAUGGCCAGAUUCAACCCAACCACUCCGGAAAGUACAUCCUGUUCCACCGAGAAGGACACCACGUCCAAGAGCAAAGGGAACUUCACUGCCAAAAUCCCACGGACUGUUUCAUCAAUUAUGUCGCCAGAGAAACCGACAUAUGGACUACAAAUCACACCAUCCUUUAGGGCUCCAGCAACAAGAAGGCUGCGCCACUGUGAGGCUGUACAACUGACUGCCUUCAAAUCAUCAGGCUUAUGAGCCGAGCUGUUCCCAGCGACGUAUCUCCAACCGAUGACUGUUGAGGGACAAAAAAAAACAACAACAACAGAAGAUGGAGAAGUGUGUGGAGGGUUCCUUUUCCAACCCCUUUCGGAUGCUGGCUCCGCAGUUAGGAUUUACUAACCAAGAUGCUUUCCUCACCGUUUCCCACGUCCCCAAGUUCCCUUGCUGUGGAUUGUGGCUUAUUUGGGUAUCCCAAAGGUGCCUUUUCUGGAGGCCACUGGACUUUCUUGUUUCUCUUUGAAGAUGUUUUGCUUCUCGUCCCAGAAGCUUCUUCAGCUUUGACAAGAUGGUGGGGAAUGGAA